AUGUACCGCCCCUACUUUAACCUUGUCAAGGGCACCUCUCCUCCCCACCGGCGGGCACUUACUAGGGGUUGCUGGCGCACCUUCUUUUGCCGCUCUGCUCGCUCGGUCGUGCCGCCCUGCCCGCUGUUUGCCGAAACGUCCGCACCUAACGCCCACAUAGGCUCCGACCGCCAAGUCAAGCCGUCCAAGCAAAAGCCACGAAGCCAAGCCCACGACAACGAGUGCGAUUUAAACCGCCCUGUUGAUGAUCCACAAAAUACUAUGCUGCUCCUACAUCAGAUUGGAAGCGUCAAGAUAGGCGAGGUUGUGCGCUACACCGUCACCUACACACCCUCCAACGACCGCAUCCUACCCUCGCCCGAGUGUCUACACCUGCGAAUCAGGAACUCGUCCUCCACCGCCUUGCGCGCCGCCUUUGUCCACGGCCCUUAUACCCUCUCCGUCGCCGCUUACCCCUCGCACUACGAUCCAAACAAGAAGUUUGCCCAACCCCGUCGGUAUGGCGUUCCCGAAUUCGAACCCAUGCUCAAGGCCGGCGGCUCAUGGGCCUGCCGCCUGCUCGUCCCAGAUACCAUUCGCCAGUCUGCCGGUUCCAAUGUGACCAAGGGUUAUUUUGGCGGAAGCUCUACUCCGACAAACCCCACAUCGCCUGGCGUCCCGCCGGGCAUGGACCUUGAAACGCAACCGCCGGACUCGGUGUCAUGGAUCAUUGAGGUCUCGAGCCAGGUGAUAUUCUCAACCUCCGCUGCCGUUCACUACGAGAUCCUACUAGCUCGAGACGAGAAGUCUCUUCAUCUGGGCAUUCCGGGCGUCUCCGUCAUCGGGGGCUCCCAUGUCCACCUGCCGCAGCCUGGAAAGAUCAGCGAUUUCCAGCCGCCGCCUCCUUCGCCACACGACGAACUGGUCCAGAACAAUCAAAGACCUCAAAAAGGUGUCUUUUCAAGCGCCAUCUUCAUCAAGGUUGAGGACACUGCUGCGUUGUGGGACACCCCAAAGCUGGCGAGUUUCGAGGAGCCUAGGAAACUGAAAGACAAGGUUGGGACGUCGAUACAGCCAAAUGGGGAGACGACAGGGACUGAAAUCACACAACCAGAAGCACCAGAUGCCCCUCCAAAUGCUGAUACCACUAGCCAAGCUCGGCCAUCAAAUACUUGCCAAGAAGAAAGCAAUAGAAAGAAAGCGCCUGACAGGCGUCAGAAGGUUCACCUAGUUGUUCUGACUCACGGGCUUCAUAGUAAUUUGGGAGCAGAUAUGCUGUUUCUCAAAGAAAGCAUAGAUGCCGGUGUCAGACAAGCAAAGAUUGAUGCCAAGCAAAGGCGGGCAAGAGAGGCUAGGGAAAAGCGGGAAAGGGAACAGACGAAAGGGAAGAGCCAGGAUGAGACGGCAUUGAAUGAAGAUGGCUCUGGUUCAGACACUCCAAGACCAUUACAUCAAGCCGAAAAGAGCCAAACUCCUGCCGAAGCCGAAGUCUCUGAUGAUGAGGUCGUUGAUGACGAUGAAGAGGUGGUCGUGCGAGGCUUUUCUGGUAAUGCAACUCGCACAGAACGCGGCAUCAAGUACCUGGGUAAAAGACUUGCCCGAUAUGUGCUUUCCAUGACUUACCCAGACCAGCCGUAUCUGCCCGCAUCUCUGGCGAAUGUCACGAGUGGCGGGACAUCGGCUCACAAGAACAGCAGCAUCCGCAAAGAGCCAAAGGAAGAUGAUCUGCGAGCCCACCGCAUCACCAAGAUUAGCUUCAUAGGUCAUUCUCUUGGUGGCCUUGUGCAAAUGUACGCGAUAGCCUACAUUCAAAAGCACUCGCCCCAGUUCUUCACCCUCAUCGAACCCGUGAACUUCAUUGCUCUGGCUUCGCCUCUGCUGGGACUGAACCAUGAGAACCCACUCUAUUUGAAAUUUGCACUCGACUUUGGAUUGGUAGGCCGCACAGGUCAGGAUCUUGGCCUGACAUGGAGAGCCCCAACAAUUGCGCGAAGCGGUUGGAGCGCUAUAGUCAGCAAUCUUGGAGAGAACGCACACAAGAAAUUGCUUGGCGAGACGGAGGAAUCAAAACCGUUGCUCCGUAUCCUUCCUACGGGGCCGGCGCACCUCGCGCUCAAGGCCUUUCGCAACCGAACCCUAUAUUCAAAUGUCGUCAACGACGGGAUCGUACCGCUGCGGACCAGCUGUCUGUUAUUUUUAGACUGGCAAGGAAUUGGACGCGUGGAGAAGGCGCGCCGCGAGGCUGGCCUCGUGGAGACUGUCGUGGGCUUUGGCUGGUCGGAGCUAAUGGGCGCCAACGUAACGUCCCCGAGGUCAGCAUCAUGGCCCGUCAAUACUUCUGAAGAUGAAGACGACGGAAAUGAUGAGACGAAGCGGAAGAAAAAACAUGGGCGGGGAGACAAUGGUUCCUCGGGUCUGACGAUUGAUCCCGGCGGGACAGGCUCUCCAUGCGAGGAUGGUGCAUUGACACCACUUGCACCCAACUCACACGAGGUACCCCAACCCUCUGGCAACGCUAUUCUGGAAGACGAUAGACAGAGCAUCAGGUCCGUGCCGACGACCUCAUGGGCUGGCAUGACAUCAGGCUCAAUGACAGCCGCCAACCCAUUCACAGGCUUCUUCAACCUCUUCCGGAAAGACGAGCCCCCAAAGCCUUCGCCACCCAACCACAAGCAGGCCAAGAUACUCAAGCGAAGUCAGACCCUGGCCAGCGAAGCUUCGAACUUGGCAUCAUCCUCCACCUCGAGAGUCACAACAGGGCACGAGCUCAACCAUGAGGGAGAAGACAGUAUGGCUGCGCCGCCGAGAACAACUCUGUUCGAAGCGGCAGGUGACCUGCUGAACCCUAAGCUGCCUUCUGUCGAGUACCUGAUUGAUCCUUCGAAACGUCCUCGCACCAUCUUCCACGACCGUGUAUACCACCCUAGCGACAUACCGCCCCCGCCACUGAAGAAGCGCCCAUCGUCUUCAUCCAGUCGCCGUAAAAAGCCCGCCCGAAUCGAUUCAGCAGAGACUGGGGUUUCUACGUCGUCCAAGAGCCCACACUCGUCCCCAAUCACAUCGCCAACUACCCAGUCACGCAAGGGUUCCCUGGGGUCAUCAACUAAUGACUACGACGAUACAGCCAACACCAACCCUGCGAAGGGGCCUGAUGAGGUUAUAGAUAGCGCAGGAAUGCGCGUUGAAGAGAAGAUUGCCAGGGCUUACCACCGAGGUCUUUCCUGGCGCAAGGUCCUUGUCAAGUUGGAACCAGAUGCGCACAACAACAUCAUCGUCAGGCGCAAGUUUGCAAACGCCUUUGGAUGGCCUGUAGUCCAGCAUCUCGUGGAAGCGCACUUCAGCGACUCGGCUGUUGCACGCAAACCGGACAGCGCCGAGCCCAGUACGGAAAGAGCGAAGGAUGUUGGCUUGAAUCCAGACAGCCAUGGCAGGGAAACAAAGCAGCAGCCCGAGACUGCACAAUUCGAUACUUCGAUCCAGUCUGCGACAUCCGGGACACAUUUGGACCAGCAAGUAACCAGCAAAACAAGCGCUGCGCAAGGCGGUGAUUUUGGUAAACUCAACCCUGAAGCUCUGUCAGCUCCGGACCUAGACCGAACCCUAAGCGAGAGACGUGAGGCUACGGACAAGGUCUCUGAGCUGCCGAAUACCCCGCCCAAAAAAUCCAACAGUAUUCCCUUGAUGAGACACGGAAGUGGCAGCAGCAAUAGCAGCAACGGUGGGACAAGCCCCGGCAGCCGUAAAGUUGGGGACGAGUCGGCGAGGCCUGCUUACGACCGGCUAGACUCGAUGACGUGGAGCGAAAGAGACUGGGCCGACAGUGACGACGACAGCGAACUCGAGAUCGGUGCUACCAAUGGAUUCCUGGGACAGGGAUUGUUCAGGAAAGGCACAUCGAAGAACGUGACUUCUAGCUCUGGUGACGCCGAGGGCAACGGCACUGCGAAAGUACACGGGGCAGGCUGGAAUUGGACUGAGAAGAUUGUCGGCAAGGGGCCAACCAGGAACAAGGCCAUGUCCCCACGGAGUCAAGCGUUUCCUCCACAGUCUGGCAGUGAUUCUUUCGAGAUCGGAAGCAGGGCUGCGGCACAAACCAAAGCGGCACAGAAUGAUGCCGAUAAACCUGCACAGCAAGCUCAAUAACUGAGCAAGUAAAUAAGCAGUACAUGUAUUACGGCGCCGAUGUAGUUUGUUCGACCACACUUUUUUUUGACGGUGGGAGUAGUGUAAGGGCGCUUCUUUCCGUGUUUUAGUCUGUACUUUUUUUUUUUAGUAUUCUAUAUGAAACAAAACUUGGGCUCAUGCUCUCCCAUCCACGCAAUAAAACGUCUGGAAUCU